CUCGCUGAGGAGGUCGUGGUUUGGGUGUGUGUGGAGGUAGUCGGUGCAUCCCGUGCGGUCUGGGUUCGGAACAUGGACGUGGGAGAACUUCUAAGCUAUCAGGAUUCCUGUCUAGGAUCUUGCAUUGCACCCCAACAGGGGCACAAAACGGCCCCGGGAUGAUGAAGAGGAGGAGCUGAAAACACGUCGGAAACAAGCUGGUCCUCGGGAAAGAGGCCGCUAUCGGGAGGAGGAAGCCACUGUGGUUGAAGAAGCAGAUGAUGACAAAAAAAGGCUUCUCCAGAUUAUUGACAGAGAGGGUGAGGAAGAAGAAGAGGAGGAGGAGCCUCUGGAUGAAAGUUCUGUGAAGAAAAUGAUCCUCACAUUUGAAAAGAGAUCGUAUAAAAACCAAGAGCUGCGAAUCAAGUUUCCAGAUAAUCCAGAGAAGUUCAUGGAAUCCGAGCUAGAUCUAAAUGACAUCAUUCAAGAGAUGCACGUGGUGGCCACCAUGCCAGACCUGUAUCACCUUCUGGUGGAGCUGAGUGCUGUGCAAUCGCUUCUUGGGCUGCUCGGACACGAUAAUACAGAUGUGUCCAUCGCCGUGGUUGAUUUGCUUCAGGAACUGACAGACAUAGACACCCUCCAUGAGAGUGAAGAAGGAGCAGAAGUUCUCAUUGAUGCUCUGGUGGAUGGGCAGGUGGUGGCGUUGCUGGUGCAGAAUCUGGAGCGCCUGGAUGAGUCUGUGCGGGAGGAGGCAGAUGGUGUCCACAACACCUUGGCUAUUGUAGAGAACAUGGCUGAGUUCCGGCCGGAGGUGUGUACAGAGGCUGCCCAGCAGGGGCUUCUGCAGUGGCUCUUGAAGAGACUGAAGGCAAAGAUGCCUUUCGAUGCCAACAAACUAUAUUGCAGUGAAGUGCUGGCCAUAUUGCUCCAGGACAAUGAUGAAAACAGGGAAUUGCUUGGAGAACUGGAUGGAAUCGAUGUGCUUCUUCAGCAGUUAUCCGUGUUUAAGAGACACAAUCCCAGCACCGCUGAGGAGCAGGAGAUGAUGGAGAAUCUGUUUGAUUCCCUCUGUUCCUGUCUGAUGCUCAGUUCCAAUCGUGAGCGCUUCCUGAAGGGUGAGGGCCUUCAGCUGAUGAACCUCAUGCUCAGGGAAAAGAAAAUCUCCCGGAGCAGUGCCUUGAAAGUGCUGGACCAUGCCAUGAUUGGGCCCGAGGGCACUGACAAUUGUCAUAAGUUUGUGGACAUCCUUGGCUUACGAACCAUCUUUCCCCUCUUUAUGAAAUCUCCCAGGAAGAUCAAGAAAGUGGGAACCACUGAGAAAGAACACGAAGAGCAUGUCUGUUCGAUCCUGGCUUCCCUCCUGCGCAACCUGAGAGGGCAGCAGCGGACCCGGCUCCUGAAUAAAUUCACAGAAAAUGACAGUGAGAAGGUUGACAGACUAAUGGAGUUGCAUUUUAAAUACCUGAGUGCAAUGCAGGUGGCUGACAAGAAGAUUGAAGGGGAAAAACACGACAUAGUCCGCCGCGGGGAGAUCAUAGACAAUGACAUGGAGGACGAAUUCUACCUGCGGCGCUUGGACGCAGGGCUCUUCAUUCUCCAGCACAUCUGCUACAUCAUGGCUGAGAUCUGCAAUGCCAGUGUCCCCCAGAUUCGCCAGCGAGUUCACCAGAUCCUGAACAUGCGAGGAAGCUCCAUCAAGAUUGUCAGGCACAUCAUCAAGGAAUAUGCGGAGAACAUCGGGGACGGCCGGAGCCCUGAGUUCCGGGAGGCGGAGCAGAAGCGCAUCCUGGCCUUGCUGGAGAACUUCUAGACCUUCAGCCAUGCAUCGGGGACCCCGGCUGUGCCGCUUUGGACAGAUGAAAACUAGUUUUGUAGCCCUAGGCUGGCACUCUUCAUUCCAUCUCCCCGGGCAGGGCGUGGACUGCAUGCCCUUGGAUGAGUGCCCCCAGCCAUCCGAUUCCCCUGGGGGGCUCCAGGCGCACAGUGCUCCCUCAGGGGCUCCACCCCCAGAGCGUGGGUGGAGGGUGCGAGCCAGGCGGCUGGCUGAUGCCUCACACUGCCAGUCAGCACCUGACCUGGCACUGGUGUGUGUCCUCACAGCGUCGUGUCUUGAGAGAGUCCACGGCCACACACUUGAUUAAAAGUUUGUUGUUGUAAUUGCCCUGUGUUAUUAGUAGUUCUCAAUUACUGCCUCGUUUAUAAAGGAGACUUCGCUCUAGUUACAUUUAUA